AUGCCAAACACUAGCAAAGCAGCCAAGAAAAACAAAGCCUUCGCUCAACUGCGAAAGGGAAACAAGCAACAACAACAACAAUCGGAGACAGAAAUACAUGAAGAACCAAUCAUUGAUGCCGAUACUUUUCAGUCGGAAACUGAUAAAUUUCAAUCCAAAAAGAUUGCAGACCUCAGAAAAAAGGCUGGUCUUUUGGAAAAGGAUAAAGACAGAUAUGUGAUCCAGCCACUCAUCAAUGAACAUGAAAAUUCCUACGAGGAUGAUGAUGAAGAUGAACAAGCAGACUCUGCACCUAUUGACAAGAAGCUCGUCAAACAAACAGUAGAUAAAGUAACUAAAAAACAAAAAGACGAAAGCGAUGAUGAGGACGAUGAUGAAAUUACAACCCUCUCAAAGACUUCAACAACAACAACCAAUUCAUCCGAUGAUGACUCGGAGAAUGAUGAGCGAUACAAAGGAGCAUUCAGUGAUGAUGAAGAGUCCGAUGAAGAUGUUAUGAAAUUAAAGAAGAAGGCUUUAAUGAGCACGAGUAACAAUCGAUGGAAAAGGAGCGAGUUCUUUGAGGGACAAGCUCAACUCUCUCAAAAGACUCAUACUAAUAGAGAAAGAAAACAAUACGAAGAAGAGGAGGAAGAAGUCAAGAGAAUUCAAGAAGAACGUGCCAAGAGACUUUCAGCCACUGAUUACUUGGAUGACUUUAUGCUUGAUAAGCAACUUUCUACUCCAUCAUCUAAAAAGAAAGAAACUAAAGUAUCAUCAGGAGGAAUGUCGUUGGAAGAAAAGUUAUCAAUCAUACAGAAAGAUGCUCCAGAGUUUAUGGAGUUACUUGUGGAGUUGAAAAAUAAGCUUUCCACUGUUAAGGAUCAAUUGCAUCCUUUAAUGUCUAAAGUCAUGAUGGGUAAUUUAGCAACAAGUGAAGGAUUGAGCUAUUUGGAAACAAAAUAUCACUUGAUUUUGAGCUAUUGUACAAAUAUUUUGUUUUACAUGCUUUUGAAAUCAAGUGGAAAAUCUGUGAAGGAUCAUCCUGUCAUUGAUCAAUUAGUUGAACUUCGAUUACUGUUAGAAAAGAUAAAACCAAUUGAUGAAAGAAUGAAGUAUCAAAUUGACAAACUUGUCAAAAUGGCAAAUGAUAUUCAAGACGCAACAAUGACGUAUGAAUUCAAAGCCAAUCCAGACAGACUUAUGAAAGAUGAUGAAGAGUCUGAACACCAAGGCGGAGAUGAUGAAGAUGAAAUGGCAGAAAGUGACGAAGAUUAUUUGGAAAAAACGAGAGGCUCCUCAAGAAAGUUAAAAACAUCUCUCGAUGAAUCUGAGAGUGAAAUGGAUGAAUCUGAAAACGAAGGUGACGCUUAUGUUGCUCCAAAGAUGAUGGCUAUCAGAUAUGAUGAUGGAGACGAAAGAAAAGCUGAGAAAACAAGAAAGAAGGCAAUGGAAAGAAUCGAAAAGGGUAAAUUAUUGAAGGAACUCAAAGCAGAGUUUGGAGAUGCUCCAGAAGAACGAGAAUCUGUCGGUACUGAAAAUAGAAGCAAGUAUUUGGCUCAAAUUGAGGAAGCAGAACUUGAUGCUCGUCACCGAUUGUUGCUCACUAAAAAAGACAAGAAGAAAAUUGCUGAAGAAUUGAAAAUCAAAAAUCCACUUGCAGAAAUGGACUCCUUCCAUGAAUUUACUGCACUUCAAAGAUAUGCCAAGUCAAAGCAAGCCACUAGCAGCAAAUUAGCAUUGGCUCAAUACAUUGGAGAUGCAGAUGAGGCCUUAAAGGCUCUCGAAAAAUCAAAAGCUGGUCCAAUAGAUGAAGAUGGAUUGAAUGAAGAAGAAAAAGCCAUGUUGGAGAGUGGCGCUCUAACAUAUGCUUCUGACUCUGAUUUUGAUGACGAGGAAGAAGAGGACUAUGAAGAAGAAGAUUCUAAAAAGAGAAAGAGAAGAGGAUUUGAUAAGAACAGCAGCAAGAAAACGAAGAGAGAUUUGGAGGACGAAACCUUAGAAGAUGACGGAAGAGACGACCAAGGAAAACGAAAGGCUGACAACACCAUUCUGAAAAACAGAGGUAUUGCUGCCCACAAGAAAGUCGAACAAAGAAAUCCAAGGCUAAGACUGAAGAACAAGUUCAACAGUAAGACUGGUGGAUAUAGAUUCGGCAAAUUAAAAUCAGAAAAAGGUUACAGUGGAGAAAAGAAGAUUCAAGCAAACACUGUGCGGUCAAGAAAAAUCAAAUCGUAA